CUGUGCCGCCCCUUCCGCGAUGAUUCGCUCGCCCUGCCCGCCUGGCACCGCCGCACUUGCCAGUGGAGUGUCUUCCCCUUGAGGAGCGGCGUGGAGACGGCGACCCCAGGCUUCGCGGGCAUCUCCCGCAUGGAUGGCUCGGAGAGUGGGAGCCCGCUGCCGCGCCGGACGGGAGGCGGACUUCCCUUGCCAAGUGAGUAUUUCUCGUAAGGAUUUCCAUUUCCUGAUGAUGGUCUCUUCAUAUAAUGUAUGCUGAUAUUUUGAGAAAAGACCGCAUCUCUGCCAUGGCAGUUUUCCUUCUAGGAGCAGCACUACUUAUUGUUCAGCCUCAGGUGGUGCCUUCUAGACCAACGGCCAACUCGAAGGUGGAAUCAACAACCCCAAAAGAAUCAUUUAAGAAAAGGGACUUCAAGGAUUGGAUUCAUCCCAAUGAGACACUCCAGCAACUUCCUCAAACUAUCAUCAUUGGUGUUCGGAAAGGUGGAACACGAGCCUUACUUGAGAUGUUAAGCCUCCAUCCUGAUAUAGCAGCAGCCGAAAGCGAAGUCCACUUCUUUGAUUGGGAAGAACAUUACGGCAAGGGUUUACAAUGGUACAUUAACCAAAUGCCGUUCUCUGACAUCCACCAGAUAACGGUGGAAAAAACACCAGCAUAUUUCACUUCUUCCAAAGUGCCUGAAAGGGUUUAUAAGAUGAAUAAAUUUACCCGAUUACUCCUUAUUUUACGAGACCCAACAGAGCGGGUGUUGUCAGACUACACACAAGUGUUCUUCAAUCAUGUGCAAAAACACAAGCCCUAUCCUUCUAUAGAAGAAUUCCUGGUUAAAGAUGGUGAACUCAAUGUGAAUUAUAAAGCAAUAAACAGGAGCUUGUAUUAUGUUCACAUGCAAAAUUGGCUGAAGUAUUUCUCUCUGGAUUACAUUCACAUUGUAGAUGGAGAUAAACUAAUCAAAGAUCCCUUCUCAGAAAUCGUCAAAGUAGAAGAAUUUUUAAAGCUGACACCUCAGAUUAAUGCUUCAAACUUUUACUUCAAUAAAACAAAAGGCUUUUACUGCCUAAGGGACAGUGGUAGGGAUCGAUGCUUACAUGAAUCAAAAGGAAGAGCACACCCCAUAGUAGAUCCCAUUUUACUUGAAAAACUACACAGAUACUUUCGUGAGCCAAAUCAGAAAUUCUUUGAACUUGUUGGCAGAACAUUUGACUGGCACUGAAGAUGGUGACAAGUUAUGGAGAGAAGCAUCUGAGCGACUAAAACAUUUCAGUGGACACUUUAAAAAGGAGGGCAUUCAGACGAUAAUUUAUUUGUAAACUCCACAAAUUACUUCUGUACAAUAUGAGAGUCAUAAUUGCCAUAUAAGCUAGUCAUAUUUUUCUAUUUGUUAAAUUAAAAACUUUUUGUAAUGUUUUUUCAUAGUUGUUAAUACUAUAUUAUGUCUCUAUAUAAAAAUAUUUCAUGGAAGUAAAGUGUCUUGAUACUGAUGCUUUUAAAUAUGUGAUGUAUAUGUGUGUAUGCAAAAUACAUAUGUCUUUAGUAAAAUGGAACUUUGGUUUUACCUUUCCA